UUUCACCGUACCACCUUCGCUCUCCCAGCUUCAGUCCACGUUGAACCGUCGUUGCCGUAACGUCACGUCUGACCGUCUUAUUUUUCCCCUUUCUCUUCUUAACCCGGUACUUAGAAAUAUUUAUCGAUAUAUAAACCGCGAAUUCUUUAACAUUUUACCCAGUGUCAAUCAACAAUUCCAAAUAUCGAGCAUGAUUUCUCGAAGAAUGCAAGAACAAUAGUGAUAUCUUUAACUGGAUCUAUUCGUAAAGGAAACAUUAAUUAUAAAAAAAAGUUCGAAAAUGAUCCCAACGAGAAAAUCAAUCGUGAUCUUGCUAACAAUUGUCACCCUGAUCCUACCCAUCGAUGUGACCGAGGGUAGGCCUCGCAUAAGGCAUCAUAAAGGGGGUACGCAUUGCAGCAGAUGUGGUCCAGGUUGGGGUGCAACUAGUAGAUGCAUUCGUGGUCGUGACACUGAGUGCACCAAGUGUUUGUCUGGCACUUAUAGUCCUCAUCACAGUACCCAACCCUGUUGGAUAUGUUCGAGGUGUGGUCCAGGAUUGUACGAAGCUCAUUCGUGCACUUCGAAAACCGACACGGUUUGCGAUUCCUGUCAUCGUGCGGCACCGGACAAUCCGGAUUAUCAUCGGAAAUGUAAAAAUCGUGGAAACUUUUUCUUGGCGCCCGAAGACGCCGAGAACACUGCUGAGGAAACUGUAUUGAUCAAUCAACCAGAUCGAAUGUUUCAUAUGAAGGAUAGACAAGAAAUUAUUGAAAAAGAUAUCGAAGCUGCUGGGUUUCAUUUGCUGUUGGAGGAAGAAUCCACUGAUCGUAACGAUUUCGAUUACGAAUCCAAAUCACAAAUCAUGCAAAGGCUUUGAAUUAUUCGUUAGGCUGAAUCAAAAGUUCGUGUACGGGUUUAUCUUUUUUUUUCUUUUUAUUAAAUUCACAUUUCUCAAAUAUAUUUUACAAAAAAACAAUUACACAUUACAUGCAAUUUAUAACACGAUAAAAUCGCCACGAAAUUUUGGUUCACUCUAAUGAAAAGGGGGAAAAAAAAAACAAAAGAAAAAACAAUCGUUGUUUUUACUAGUCAACUCAAUAUGCCAACGUAUAUAUGUACAUAUGCAUGUGACGAUGAUUACGUCCAAAGUUCUUCCGCUCGUUCUGCCGAAAUUAAAUUCGAAAACGUGUGAAUGAUUUUUUUUCUUUUUUUUUUUCUGCACGAAUGUCCAUUCAACACAGGGCAGCAGCAGCAGCACGCUUUGUGUAUACAGCUAUUUUUAUUUGAUUUAUUUUAUAAUACUUUGAAUAGGUGUACAAUGGUACUAGCGAAUUAUUGUAUAAGAAAAUGAUGAAAUGCUUUCCAAGUUUUUUCUUCGAUACUAAUGCAUCAUCUUACUUUCAUCUCGUUUUUUAUUUUUUCCUUUAUUUAUACUUUUUUUUUUGCUCUUCUUUAAUUAGGACGCUUGCAACGGUCUCUUUUGUUUUAUAUACACGACUUGUAUAUACCUACAUAUUGCAUAUUUCUUAUUUUUAAUGAAUAAUUUGUGUGUUUUUAUAUAUAUUAGGGUGUUCCUUAUUUACAUCAUUUUGGAAUUUGUUGUUUCCCACCCCUAAAAUAUCUUCUAAAUACAUAAACAAAAAUUACUGUAAAUUUGGAGCUCUUAAUUUUAAUAUUAACAUGAAAUUAGGUACAGUUGUAGGUUAUAUUAGUUAGAACCAUCCUUAAAAAUGAAAAAUUUUUAAGUUCAUUACUUCCUUAUAUAUAUUAAGUCAAUAAAUAAGUGGAAAAAAUAAAAAAAACAAUAAAUAAAUGUCUUGAAUAUAGAUAACAGUUCACCUAAACUUCAGUUCGUUGACUAACUUCAUGGUGUUAAUUUUUUCGUGUCGCUGUGCGCGCGCAUCAUAAAAAUUCACUCGUCAUUUUUUCCCAAACGCGUAAAAAGAAGUAUAACUUAUAGUAUAACCUACAACUGUAUCAAAUUACAAACAGAUUCAUCAAUUGUUACAAGAAUUAUGCAUAAAAAUUGCACGUAUUUUUCAUUUAAAACUUUGACGACUCUGGGGGAGCUUGUUAAUAUUAAAAUUAAGAUCACAAAAUUGACAGAAAUGUUUGUUUAUGUAUUUAGAAGAUGUUUAGGAGUCAGGAAAACUAAAAUUUCCAAAUGAUGUAAAUAAGGACCCCACCCUAAUGUACAUAUACAUAUAUAUAUUAAUUUUCGCUCAAAAUUUUUGGUUUUAAAUGCAUAAAAUAUUAUGAAAAAUUAACUAUUUUCUGUUGUUUUUAACUUUUUCGAAUUAGAUUUCAUCAUCGCGUUGCAACGAAAAGAAACAUCAGUAUGUCGUUGAUUUGUCGCUUACAAUCCGUUUAUUUUGUUUGUUUGUUUGUUAAAUAAACAAAACACCCCAUUAUGGAGAAGACGAACGAUUCUAAUGGGUGUCAAUAUCGUUGUUGUUGCUGAUUUACAAUGUAUAUCAUGGUUAUUACAAUAUGAAAUAUAUAUAACGUGAAAAUACACGAUAUUCUUAAGAAAAAACUGAAGAAAACUUAAACGCAAUUAAAAAGAAAAAUGUUUCUUAAGUUUAGCGUUUAUGCACAUAUAAUAACAAGAGUUAACCUAAUCGCAAAUGGUAGAGUAUCAUUGUUUCGAGACAAAAAAAAGCAAAAAAAUCAGAUGCACUAGAAUCGUAAUUAAUAUAUCUCUAUUUUUUAUCUAUUUCACGUUCUUAUUCCUAAUCGUUCAUACAUAUACAUACGAUAUAUUGUUGCAAAUUUAAUCGAAUAUAUAUGUAUAUAUUUUUUUUUAAUUCUUAUUAAAUAAUAAUACUUUUUUUUGUCCUCGUCGAUAGGAAAACGCGUAUGGGAAUUAUAAUCUCUAAAGUCUUUCACACAUCGAAUACGCCUAAUUAUCUAAUUAUGUGUAUUAUUAUUGUUAUAUAUUUUUCAUUUCUUAAAACGUAUUUCAAUUCUAAUCGCGUAUCAUACUAAUAUAACUUAUUAUAUUAUAAAUAGAGAUCUCUGAUUCGUGAGAUAUAUAUAUAUAUAUUUAAAUAAACAUUUUAUCCAACAAUUAUAACACGUUAGAUAAAAUAAAAAGAAACGAUCCAAUUGUUACGAAAAAGUGUAAAAAAAAAGAAGGAACAAUAAAUGGACGUUCUCG